AUGUCAAAUGUACAUGUUUACCAUUCGGAAAAGCCUUUGGAUCGUGGUCUGGAGGAAGAAACGGCGUAUGAAUCUGAAAAAGUCUUUGAGAAUUGCGUGAAAGACGGGAAAAGGAGGGAAGAGGAUGAUGCCAAAAUAGCUUCAAAUCUUGUCAGGAAAUGGCUGCUGGAACACAGUUAUCUGAUACCGGGAGAGGUGAGGAUAGUUUCUGGAGUUGAGGCCGCUGGGCUAGGAAAGGAAAAAUCAGAACAGUCUUAUUGGAAUGCUUAUUUUACUGAUGAAAAUUUUAAGUAUACUGAAGCCUUCUGGGAAAAUGAAUAUCGUAAACAACCAGUUUCAACGAUCAUUCCUGACGAUCCAUUUCAUCGCUUCGUAUUGCAUUUCUUACGUGGUUGGAGACAAAAACUCCACGCAUACAUAGUGGAUGAAGAAAUACCCAUAGCGGAAAGAGCAGCUGUUUUGAAAAAACAAGUGCAAAAUUUUGCUUUCUUCUCAAGAAAGAAACCUUUUGGUGGUUUGUGGAAAAUGUAUAGUAAGCCCAAUGACCUGCUGCAGCAAGCCUUGGACGCUGAAGGUGCUAAAAUGCCAGCACAUGACUCUGAGGGAAACCCUCUGAGGACAAUAUCAGGGAGUGAGGUUCAAGUACAGGCUGAUCAAAACAUUUCUCCAAAUGCAGCAACCCCUCCUAAACCUGAUGAGAAUGAUGGAAAGAUUUAUAAAUUCAUCAAGAGGUUUGCAGAGCGAAAGCUUGGACCGGACAAAGUGCACAAUAAGUGGACAAUGGUAAAAAGUACUUUCUGCCAAAAGUCAGAAAGCACAAGUGUGGUGCACAGGUGUUAUGCCUUUUCCGGAAGUUCUGAUUCGCAAAACGAAUUACACAAUGUGCCCACGGAAUGGUGGAAUCAAUCUGGGGGGCAAGAUGCCUGGGAUGAUGGCCAGAAGAUAAAGAUUACAGAUGUUGACCGUUCACAAUUUGGUCGUAAUUUGGUUUUAAUUUUGUUUGAUGCCUUGAAGCCUGUUGUUAUUGAGGAUUUCAAGAAGCUAGCUCACCAUGUAGCAUUUGAUGAAUCCAACUAUGCAGAAGCUAUGGUUUCAGAGUCACGAAGAGAUAUAUCUGUGUUAGACUACGGUGAGUUCUAUGAUUAUGUGAUGGGAGUUGUCAAUGCAUAUGAUGAAAAUAUUAAAAAAGUAGUUUCUGACAUGGAACAGUUACUGUCUUAUACACAUGCUUCCUAUAAGAACAAACAAUUCGCACCAGACAAGAAAAAAAUUGAAGAAAACGUUUCCAAAAAGCGUGAUUUGAUAUGUACAUUCUCAGACAAGUGUUUGAAACAGCUAGAAAAAAAACUGGAUGAACUCCCAAACAAAUUUCUUGAUCUUGUUGCGAAGCAAUUGCAAGAAUCCAAGUGUGGUGAGGACAAUGUUAUUCGUCUAACUCUUCAUGAACUUUUAAAGUCGAAACUUGAUUGCUUUCUCAAUGUUAAGGUAAAGUUUGUUGCAAUGGAUGCAGAUUGUAUUGCUGAUGGAAAGCAAUUUUGUAAAUUGUGUGCACGGAAAGUGCCCUUCUAUUCUGUUUUACCACAACUGCUUCGUGAAAUUGGAUCAACUGGAGAUGACUUUGAUAAACUUUCUCCACUUUUUGAACAUUUACUGGGGUAACCCAUUAAAGAACAAGUACGAUCGUACUAUAGUGGACCAGGAACUGCGUGACCCAGUUUCGAUCUUGUGCAAAUCAUUAAAUGUUCAAAACCUUCUUGAUAAACAAAUAACUUGAUAAACAAAUAACUAGACACUUUAGUCUCAAAAUUGCAUGGCAGCGUAGACUG